GAACACCGGGGAGCCCCGAGCAGACAUGGCCGAGGCUCGGUCCGAGGAAGAGGAGGAAAACAUGAGGGAGAGCCGGGAACAAGUGGUCCGACGACAGCCCCACACCUCCGGAGGUCGUCCUGACAGACGUAAGCCCGAGCAUCGUCACAGCCAGGGUCCUCUCUCGUCCAUCAGAGCUGCCAUCAAAAGAACCUCCACCAGGUCGACCUCUCUCUCCGAGACGUCCACUCCCAGAGAGCGAGACAGGGACCGAGAGCGGGACAGGAGGCGACCGGAGAUCACCAUCCUGUCUGCAGAGCCGCUGGCCUCCACCUCCUGGUUCCCAGGGGCCUCUGGAGGCUUCCCACCUCCCCCUCCUCCUGCCGCACAGAUCUGGGGACCCACCAUCCCUCCAUCCAUACAGCCGCCUCCUUCGUACGAGGAGGUGAUCAGGGAGAAGACACAGGAGCAGGUUCUCCUGCCUUCUUCUUCUUCCUCUUCAUCCUCAUCCUCAACCGCAUCACGUCCAAUUUCCACAACAACCAUCGCCACACAGACUGACCCAGGAUCUGCUCCUGAUCCACUGGACCCUCAGGUGAGAAGACCGGUGAGACCACCAAGACCCUCCCCUCAUCCCCACCCUCCCAAAUCAUCUCACAUCGAUGACAUCACCACCACCACCACCGCCGGCAGCCGAUCAACGUCCCUGAACAGUGACUGUGUCGGAACAAACACGGAGCCCGAGAAGGUCACGCACGCUUCGGCUCACGCACAGCGCUGUGACGUCCUCACGGAGCUUUCUUCACCUUUGACCUCGACCACUUGUGCUCAAACUGUCCAGGGGGAUCCGGCUUCUGCUGUAGUUGACUCUUCCUCUUCUUCUCAAGUCCCGUUGGAGCGUCCUAGACCACGCCCUCGCUCUAAGCUCGGUGUCCAGCCAAUCAGCAGGAGCGAGGUCAAAGUUCAGACUCUGGUCAAGCUACGUGAGGACGGUUUGGCCACGCUCGCCGCCCGUGCUCAAGCUGACACCACCAGCCAAGAAGUUAGUCAGGGGAAGUACCUGCAGGAGCUGCUCGAGGCGUUUAGCUCAGACGACUGGGGCUUUCCUGAUCACCGCAGCGACAGCAGCGGGCACAGUCAGUCAGAAAGCGAGGAAGAGGACGAGGACAUGGCGGAGCUGAGAGCGAGGAUACAAGCGUUCGAGCAGCAGCAGGUGGCUGAUGGGAGCUGUGGGGACAGUAACGACAGAGACUUUGUUAUGACAAAGAGACCUGAACCUCGGCCUCGCCCUCGUCUCCAACCGGCAAAAUCUGCCCCUCCCAUUGUCGCCCCAAAACCCAAAAACUUUUCGCACACUUCCAAACCAUCCAGCAAAGUCUUCUGGGAAGAUGGUGGUCUGCCAGCAGUGGUGGCGGAGUCGGCUGCGCAGAAAACAAAUGAAUCUCUGUCCGAGGAGUCGAACGCUGAGACUCAAACGUCCGUAGAGUCAACGCCUUGUGUCCUGAAACCUGCUGCAGCACCUUCAAAACCCUCAGUUGCACCAAAACCACAGUGUCCUCCGGAAACACUCCCGUCAUCUAACAUCGCUUCUCCUGCUUCGGCCCCCGUCCCGGCCCCCAGGCCCCCUCCGCCCAAACUCACACCCUCUCUCAGUGACGCUCCAAACCCCAAACCUCCACCCAGACCCCCGGUCGCCCCCAGGGCCUGCACUGCAGCAGCACAACAGGAUAAGAGCACCACAGCUGGGCAAACCAUCCCGACUCUUCCCCCGAGACCCUCAGUGGAGGUCAGCGGUGGAGCUCAGGCCGAGCCUCAGGCUGAGGAGACGCCGGACGAUGCAAAACAAACUGUGAAAGUAGGAAGUCUUCGUCCAGGCGUCCCGGCCAAACCGGCAGCACUGACCUCACCACGCAGAGCCAGCGGUAAGAGUGUGUGUGUGUGUGUGUGUGUGUGUGUGAGAGAACAGUAAUCUGGAUGUAGCUGUACCACAAUGAGGCAUUUG